AUGAAAUCAGUCCUCUUGGAUCUUAGAAAAAUACCACUCGAUGAAGUGGCUGGUCUCCAAUCGACUCCUAGUUUGAAGAUUCGGACAGAUGACGACGUUGAAUAUUGGAAAACGACCCAAUCAUAUCUUGAUUAUGGUAUUUUCUUGCGACGAUUGAACGAAUCCGUUGUUGGCUAUACUCUUCCCUGGGAACCAGUUAACCGGAGCACAUCGAUAACAAAAAUUUUGGAACUGCUUGAUGAACUAGCCCACUGGGUAGACGACAUUCCUGCCCUCCAAACACCGCAACGAUUUGGAAAUAUUGCCUUCAGAACUUGGGGUCAACGACUAGAGGAGCGAUGCGAUAAUGUGCUUCAGAAAUUACUGGCUCCCGACUUCUUGGCAGUGCUACCUUAUGUCAAACCUUAUCUUCUUAUAUCGUUCGGUUCAUUCACUCGAAUGGACUAUGGUAGUGGUCACGAAACCUCAUUCGCCCUCUUUCUGUUAUGUUUGACUCUAGUUCGAUUCUUCGAGCCAGAGCCUGCAGAAGAACGCGACCUUGUCUUGUCCGUUUUCCUACGCUACUUAAAACUAUGUUGGAAACUCCAGGACACUUAUAAACUUGAGCCUGCGGGAAGUCACGGUGUCUGGGGCCUUGAUGACUAUUGCUUUCUUCCAUACAUUUUUGGCAGCGGCCAACUUCGAGAUCAAACAGAGAUUCCUGUGUCUGCCGUUCUCCAACCUCCGCUACCCCCCACGAACCUAUAUUUUAUGUCAAUCAUGCGCAUUCACGAUGUCAAGUACGGGCCUUUCCACGAACACUCCUCUCAGUUACAUUCCAUUGCGGCUGGAGUGCCCAACUGGGGAAAAGUCAAUACAGGUUUGUUCAAAAUGUUUGAGGCUGAAGUGCUUGGGAAGCGUGUCGUCGUGCAACAUAUUCCCUUAGGUGGCCUCUUGGAGUGGGAAAAUCCGGAAAACAAAGCAAAUUCAAUCCCAGUUCAAUCGGCCGUAACCUCUCAGCACACAAUUAGAUCACACCCAUCGGUUUCAACACCGGCACCUUGGGCGUCUGCGAAUAACACAGUCGGACUUCAACAUCACAUCCCCGGCCAAACUAUGCUUCCUCCAUCUCUUUCACAACAUAAUAUGCCGAAAACUGCAAUCCCUUCUAACCGCCAAUCGCGUGGAUCCGAGGCUGGUUCACACCAAUCUGGACCACGGAUACCACAGUAG